AUGUUGUUGGACCACUUCGCCAGUUCUAAAAAGCAGAAGAAGUCGGCCCUCACCCUCUUUGGAGUUCGGCAGGAGGAGCAGGAGCCUUUGAGGAACUUUGUGCGUCGUUUCACAAAUGCUAGCCGAGAGGUGCCGGGCCUUUCACAGGAUGUGCUUACUAAUGCCCUCAUGCAGGGGUUAAGGGAUGGAGAAUUGUUCAGGUCGUUGGCUAAACGGGCGCCGUCGACAUAUGACGAGCUUUUGAAGCGAACCGAAAAAUACAUCGCAAUGGAAGAGGCGAGGGAGAUGAAGGAAGAAGAAACCGCGGUGGUUCCUGCCCGCGAUACCGCGGCAAAGAGCUUAUCGCGGGGAAAGGAUUUACAUAGACAACAGCGUCAUCCCAUAGCUCGCGAAAUCCCAGUCCCUGAGCAUCGAAAACCUCGAUACACGAGCUAUGCCGUCCUCAACAAGUCACCGGCCAACCCUGGUUUUGAUGGCGGUAGAAGGGGGUCGGAUAUUCGUUGGCCAACCACAUAUCAGAAGACCCCGCCGCAGGGCUCUAGCGACGACGGUUAUUGUCGAUACCACAAUCGGUACGGCCAUCGUACCAACGAAUGUGGUGAUCUGAAGGACGAGCUAGAAAGGUUAGCUCGGCAUAGUCGAAUAGAUCAGUUCGUUAAAACGCAUGCGGGAAAUCACACCGCUAGUAGGCAUGACCAUCAACCCCGACCCUCGGUGGAACCGAGGAAUCGUAUCAUGAUGAUCAUGGGAGGACCUACGAGUGGGGACUCGCACAGGGCGAGGAAAAAAUAUGUUAGGUCGGGAAAAUGGGCCUUUUCAAGAGAAUGGAUUCACCAGGUACAGGAGAGCUCGCCAACCAUUUCUUUCGGUGAGAAUGACAAGAGAGGGAUAGUUCGCCCACACCACGACGCUUUGGUAAUAACCGCGCACCUAGCGGGAUACGAGGUAUCUAGGAUUUUUAUCAACAAUGGUAGUUCGGUGGAUAUCCUGUACAAAGAAUGUCUGGACCAGAUGCGUCUAGGAGAGUUAAACGUUAGCCCGGUGAAAACACCGGUCUAUGGGUUUUCGGGCGAGGAAUUUCGGGCGAGGAAGAGGUGGCCAUUGGCGAGGUUUCCUUACAGAUAA